GUACGUGGGGCGGGGCUCAGGUGCGGACGCCGCCGGUUGUCCUCUUCGCUGCUCCGUAGUGACGGUGAUUGUUGUGCUGCAGAAAUCCGGCUGUCGACUUGAGGACUUGCGUGCCGCUCAGCUCUCGGGACGGUUGGAGCUGCUGCUAAGUAAUUUCUGCUCAGCCAUGUCGCCGGCUCCAGAUGCAGCCCAGGCUCCUGCGUCGAUCUCCCUGUUUGACCUCAGUGCGGAUGCUCCGGUCCUUCAGGGCCUGAGCUUGGCUCACGGGAGAGAGAAAGCCCAGAAAGAAAGCUACUCCAGGGUCCUGUGGAUAUUUCAGACAAGUUAUUCUGUUCAUCCUGUGACCAAAUCUUCCAGAACCACCAAGAACAGAGGGAACAUUAUAAGCUUGACUGGCAUCGGUUUAACCUAAAGCAACGUCUCAAGGACAAGCCUCUCCUGUCUGCCCUGGACUUUGAAAAGCAGAGCUCCACAGGAGAUCUUUCCAGCAUCUCGGGAUCAGAAGACUCAGACUCAGCCAGUGAGGAGGACUUGCAGACACUGGAUCAGGAGAGGGCUACAUUUGAGAAGUUUAGCCAACCCCAAGGCUUUUUCCCUCAUCGGGUUCUUUUCCAGAAUGCCCAGGGCCAGUUUCUUUAUGCCUACCGCUGUGUCCUAGGCCCUCAUCAGGCAAGUGACAGUACAGGUUGUAUGGCUAACCCCAGCUUUUUAUACACCCAGCCUAGAUUUUACUUAGCCUAGUGCAUUUCUCCCUGCUUCUUUUCCUUCCUGUUGGGUGUGGGUAUCACGCUUGACAACAUAGUUUUGGAUUGAAACUGGCCUGAAUUUUAAGUUUAAGGGAAUUAAGUUUGGAAACAAACCAAUUUAGGUUUGAAUUGUGAUUCUACCACUUCAUCUUAACUACCUCUCCAAGCCUCAAAUUUCCUUGUUUGUCAAAUGGAAACAAGUCUCAGGGUGGUAAUAUUAAAUGAAAUAAUGUAUGUGAAAAUUGGCCCUUGGUUUCUUGCUCUCAGUGAAUGCAACAGAUAUGUUUCUGAUGCUUCUCUGUCAUCAAGGAUCCCCCAGGAGAGGCAGAACUGCUGCUACAGAACCUGCAAAGUAGAGGUCCCAGAGAUUGUGUGGUGCUCAUGGCUGCAGCUGGGCACUUUGCUGGUGCCAUAUUUCAAGGAAGAGAAGUGAUGACACACAAAACCUUUCACCGCUAUACGGUGCGGGCCAAGCGAGGCACAGCCCAGGGGCUUCGGGAUGCCCGGGGUGGGCCAUCACGCUCUGCUGGAGCCAACCUGAGGCGCUACAAUGAAGCCACACUAUAUAAGGAUGUUCGUGACCUGCUGGCAGGGCCAGGCUGGGCUAAGGCGCUGGAGGAGGCUGGUACAAUACUGUUGCGUGCUCCCCGCUCUGGCCGGUCUUUGUUCUUUGGAGGCAAGGGGGCACCCCUGCAAAGGGGGGAUCCCCGACUUUGGGAUAUCCCCCUCGCCACCCGCAGACCCACCUUCCAAGAGCUACAGCGUGUGCUCCAUAAGCUGACCACUUUGCAUGUCUAUGAAGAUGACCCUCGGGAAGCAGUCAGACUGCACUUACCUCAGACACACUGGAAAACAGUAAGAGAGGAGAGAAAGAAGCCUACUGAGGAAGAAAUAAGAAAGAUCUGCAGUGAUGAAAAGGAAGCACUUGGGCAGAAUGAGGAAUCUCCCAAACAGGGUUCAGGGUCGGAGGGAGAAGAUGGCUUUCAGGUAGAGUUGGAGUUAGUGGAGUUGACUGUGGGGACUCUGGAUCUUCGUGAGUCUGAAGUAUUGCCCAAGCGGAGAAGGAGAAAAAGGAAUAAGAAGGAGAAAAGCCGAGACCAGGAGGCUGGGGCACAUCGGGUUCUUCUCCAGCAACCUCAAGAAGAUGAGCCUUCCACACAGUCAUCCCAGGCAGUUGCAGCCCCCUUGGGUCCUUUGCUGGAUGAGGCCAAAGCCCCUGGUCAGCGAGAGCCCUGGGAUGCACUGCUUGCUGCUUGCCGAGCUGGAGAUUUUGGAGUGCUGAAGCUCCAGCUAACACCCAGCCCUGCAGACGCUGGAAUUCUGUCUCUGCUCAGUGCCCCCUUGGGCUCCGGUGGCUUUACUCUCCUGCAUGCAGCAGCUGCAGCUGGCAGAGGCUCAGUGGUUCGUCUGCUGCUGGAAGCAGGUGCCGACCCCACUGUGCAGGACUCUCGGGCCCGGCCACCUUAUACUGUUGCGGCUGACAAAUCAACACGUAAUGAGUUCCGAAGGUUCAUGGAGAAGAAUCCAGAUGCCUAUGAUUACAACAAGGCUCAGGUGCCAGGACCAUUGACACCAGAAAUGGAGGCACGGCAGGCUACACGGAAAAGGGAGCAGAAGGCAGCCCGGCGGCAACGGGAGGAACAGCAGCGGAGGCAGCAGGAGCAGGAGGAGCGUGAACGAGAAGAGCAGCGGCGAUUUGCCACCCUCAGUGACCAAGAGAAGAGAGCUCUGGCUGCAGAUCGCCGACUCGCUGCCCAGUUGGGAGCCCCUACCCCUCCAAUCCCUGACUCUGCAAUCGUCAAUACUCGACGCUGCUGGAGUUGUGGGGCAUCCCUCCAAGGCCUCACUCCCUUUCACUACCUCGACUUCUCUUUCUGCUCCACACGUUGCCUCCAGGAUCAUCGCCGUCAGGCAGGGAGGCCCUCUUCCUGAUCUCUUACAGCUCUACCUGGGGCCAACUCAGGGACCUGAGGGCACAUUCACAACAGCCCUAGGUUUUCUCAUCCCCAUGAAACCAGAGGUUAUUUGGAAGAUAGGGGUGAAGGACACUCGGGAACCAGGGCAAAGACAGGGCCACAGAGGCAUGUGGAGCUGGUACUGUCUCUGGAACUUUAAUCACAAUAAAGUUUGGCAAGGAA